AAGCUUGCUUUCAUAUCAACGACCAUCGUAACUUAUAAUUUGGUCUUUCAUUACGAUCGUCCGGCAUAGACUGUCAGAGCAGCGCUGACCCUUGUUGAUACACAUACCAAAAAGUUGGUUGCAUUGGUCUCUAUCUUUCCAUUCAAAUGGACGCUUCUAGCUCGCAACCUCGGAAACGCCUUCGCCAGGAUGAACCUAAGGCGUUCGUAAACCACCCGACAUUGUAUUUCGAUGACGGAAACGUUAUUUUAAGCUGUGGAAGCAUGCUCUUCUGUGUUCACCGCUCACUGCUGUCAAAACAUUCACCUGUCUUCCGGGAGCGUUUCCAAGCUCCUCAGAAGGACAUCAAACCACAGAUCCUUCAGGGCCAUCUUCACAUAUGUUUAAAUGACACUGCGGAGGACAUAGAAGCUCUUCUCAAUGUGAUAUAUGAUGGUUUACGAAUCGACGUUCCGCAGUUGACCGUAGAGAGUUGGCCACUUGUAUCAAGCCUGAUCAGGAUGUGUACCAAGUACGAGAUCGAACGACCACGUACGGAGAUCCUACAACGUAUUAGUGAUGAGUGGCCUCGGGUCCUCUCCCUGCAUGAUGCCAAGAUGGACGCCCUAACGCGUCAACAAACCCGCAAUCCCCAAUUCAUCAUUCAAAAUGGCCAGGCUGUUCCAAACCCCCACUACAACCCCGGCGUCGCACAUGACGACAUCAUAGUUAAUCCAGCCAGCGUCAUCGCUCUCCUUCGAGAAUGUCAAUUAGAGUCACAGGAACUCCUUGUACCGCUUUUCUACGCGCUCAGUAGGACGACUUGGCAGUUUGGCGGACCUGCUGUCGGACAUCAUAUCGCCCCUCUGUCUCACGCCGAUGUGGAGCGGUUCAUCGUUGGGUUGGAACGUCUGCGCAAUGAGCACGCUGCUCUUGUUGUGCAGUGUCCUAAUCCAUGCGUUCCCCCUGCGCAUGACCAGAUGUGUGGUGCGGGCCUUCGCUUAUUCUGGCCUACCCUCCAUGUUAGUUUCCUGAGGAGCAACCAAGGGAGUAGACAGCCGAUCGAGGAUUGGAGGAGUAUCAUUCAGAUGGUACGAUCGGAUGGGAGACUUACCUCGACGUAUAAACUAUGCUCUGGUUGUGCAGAGUUGGCGCUCCAGACAAUGGAGAAGCGGCGGGAGGGAUUGUGGAACGCUUUAGCGAGAUAUUUUGAAGUAUGAGUAGUCGAUCGAUCUGUUUGAUCAUUUCAUUGGAUAGCUUCCUGUAUUGUAUACCAUUCUGGCCAUCUCAAUUUCCUUAGUUUGUACAGUCGCUAACUUAGUGCCCAUCCUCUUGAUGCAGAUCUCCUAUAUCGUUCAAGCCAUGCUGAAAUGUAGUUGUCAUCUAAGGAAUGCAACGACAUUGUGAUGUAAUACAUAUAUAUCAAUCGUGAAAUGCGCC